UGCCCAUCCAGGGUCUUCAACUCCAAUGCACUGCCAUUCUGGUGUUGCAAUCAGUGGAGUACUUUUCCAGUGCUGUUGUUGCAUCCUGUAAAUCAAAUUUCUCCACAUUUAAUGUUGAAGUAUGCUCAAUCACUUCAACAUGUGGUUGUGAUGUUCUGUGAUGUAAUUUUUCUAUAUCCUUACUCGAAACACUCUUUCAUGUGCAUGGGUCACUCUUUCAAUGAAGUGGGUAGUUGCUGGUAUGAAGUAGAGAAAUUUAAUUAUCCAAGAAGUCUGGGCCAUCCAUCCGAUGAUUUGUGUUUCUGCAUCUCGGUCUUCCAACAAAUCCCGGGCACACUUUUGGUGAAAGGAUCAUUGCAGCUUAAAGAAAGCCCAGUCUCAGGUGAUGCCUGCUUCUUUUUGGACUUCACUGGUGAUGCCUAG